AAUUAAACUCACCUAAAAAUGUACAAUUUAAAAAUUAAAGAAAAAAUACUAUUAUGGAAAUGUAUUUUUCUUAAAUGUGUAGGAAUUUCUGAGAAAAAAACUCCUGGCAUCACUGAUUAUCGUUGCAAUACAACACUGUCUAAAUACAGUGCUACCAACAUGAAGUGACAGCAAGAAAUUUGAAUUUUCAAACGCUUAUUCCAAAAACAACAACGAAAAUUGCAUUUUCAAGAGCUACAGAAUAUUUUGUUUGUGGAAAAAAAUCAUUUAUUUUUAUAGGAAAUAAGAAAAAAUUUUAAAUAUUGUAAAAAUGUCUACAGAGCAAAAAAAUAUUAAAGUUGUGGUGCGUGUAAGGCCAUACAAUCGCCGAGAGCUGGAGCAAAAUCAAAGAACUAUUAUAAAAGUAAUGGACCAAACGACGCUUCUGUUCGAUCCUGAUGAAGACGAAGAUGAAUUUUUCUUUCAAGGAGUUAAACAAAAUCAUCGUGAUAUCACCAAAAAAGUAAAUAAAAAAUUAUCAAUGGAAUAUGAUCGUGUUUAUGAUACUGAUACAACUAAUAUGCAAAUAUUUGAAGAAUGUACAGCACCGCUGGUUGACUCUGUGUUAAAUGGUUACAACUGUUCUGUAUUUGUUUAUGGUGCCACGGGAGCGGGUAAAACAUUUACCAUGCUGGGAAGUACUACAAGUCCUGGUUUGACUUUCCUCACAAUGAGAGACCUCUUUGAUAAAAUUGAAUCACAAAGUGAUGUGCGCAAAUUCGAUGUAGGCGUCAGUUAUUUGGAAGUGUAUAACGAACAAGUUAUGAAUCUUUUAACUAAAACGGGCCCUUUAAAAUUACGCGAAGAUUCGAAUGGUGUUGUGGUUAGCGGUUUAGUUUUGAAGCCAAUCUAUAGUGCCGAAGAACUGUUGGAACUCUUGGCAUUAGGGAAUUCAAAUCGUACUCAACAUCCCACCGAUGCUAAUGCAGAAAGUUCACGUUCACAUGCUGUAUUUCAAGUCCAUAUACGUAUAACAGAUCGUAAGACCGGUACAAAACGUAUGGUGAAAUUAUCAAUGAUUGAUUUGGCUGGCAGUGAACGGGCAGCCAGUACAAAGGGUAUAGGUAUACGUUUUAAGGAAGGAGCUAGUAUUAACAAAAGCCUAUUAGCACUUGGAAAUUGUAUAAAUAAAUUAGCUGACGGUUUGAAACAUAUUCCCUACAGAGAUUCAAAUUUAACGCGUAUAUUGAAAGACUCUUUGGGGGGCAAUUGUCAAACAUUAAUGGUGGCAAAUGUAUCUAUGAGUUCUCUUACAUAUGAAGAUACCUACAACACUUUAAAGUAUGCCAGUCGUGCGAAAAAGAUACGUACUACUUUGCGACAGAAUGCCUUAAAGACAAAUAUGCCAAAGGAAUUCUAUGUGAAGAAGGUUAACGAACUAAUGGACGAAAAUGAUCGUCUCAAACAGACUAAUUCAGCUUUAGAGGCUAAGGCUAACAAGGCUACUACAUUUGACGAAUCAGAACUUAAACCCUGGUACAGUCGUAUUGAUCAGAUUUUUGCUUCGAUUAUUAAAACACAAGAACAAUACAUUAGUAUAAAAAGUCGAGUAAAAAAUCUAACAUUUCGCAUAAAAUUGAAAACGGACAUGGAAAAUUCACGAAAAAUAUUGUAUGGAGAUUGUGAAUCACAGGAGAAUUAUAGCAGCUACACAUCAUCUGUAUGUCACCUAAGCAAGCAAAUUGAUAAACUUACAUCGGAAAUUGAGUGCUGGCGCCAAAAACUCCGUAAUCUUUAUAAAAAUUUAGAAAAUAUAAAAGCCGAAAUAAAAUCAUCAAAAUAUGGAAAUUUUCUACAGAUUUAUUUGAAAUAUAAAAAUUCUGAAGUUCAAAAUUCCAAAAAGGCUUUAAUUAACAAACAUAUUACAGCCAUAGAUUUGGAAUUAAGUACAAAAGCAACAUGGUUACAAACAUCUUUCAAAUUAGCAAGUCAAGUCAUUAAGAAUGGUAAUCUAAAUACACAGCAAAGGUAUCACUAUGAACUAUUGGAACGGCAUCUUAGUAAUACCAAUAUUAGCAAUGAAGUUGAUGCUGAGGUCAAAGGAGAAAAUGACAUUAGUUAUAGCACACAGCCAGCAUCAAGUGACGAAGAUGUUGAUCAUCUACAUGGGACAAGGUCAUGUAAUAAACGUUUGCGUUUAGAAGAGUACGAUUUAGAUGAUACCGAUGAUAUAAAUGGUUCUAGUGCUGAUGAUGGCGUUGAAAAUGAUGAUGAUAUAGUUGAUAUGCAUACUACAUUUAAAAUGCCUUCAAAAAGACCCUGUAAUCCUAAUGAAACUCAUGUUUUGAGCGAAGUGGACACAAACGGAAAUGCUACAUUUUAUAUGGGCCCUUCUACGUCAUCCACAGCGAGGACAAAAAUUAACACAAAAAAUGGCAAAGAGUUAACAAUUACCAAAUCAAAUAUAGUUUCAAAUAUGAUAUCGGAUAAAAUGGUAAAAGCAACAUCCAAUGCGGAACAAUUAAAGAAUGUUCUAUUGAAAUCUAAGAAAUUUUCACAUGCUACCCUUAGGACAGUAGCUGGUGGUUUGCAAAAAGAAAACAAAAAAUUUAGUCCGAAUCGUGUAAGAAAAAGUCCUCGCACACUCGUAACUAAAGUUGCAUCCACCCAACGUCUAACAUCACGCUUAGCUAACGAUGAUGCUGCUCCAGUUGUGAGAUUAAAUAGGGCAGCUUCGUUUAGAACAAAGAAAUAGAAAAUUUUCCAUUUUGUUUUCUGAAAAGGAGUAAAGUGCAGAUUUGCUCAAAAUUUGCUUUAAUAAAUUCUGAUGUUUGCUUAAUUCAAACUAGUUUUAAUUUUAUAUUUUUAUAAUAUAAUUCUAUGUAUAUAUGUAAUUUAUUUAAUUUAACAUAAUCGAACCUAAAAGGUCGUUUAUAGUUAAAAGAUUUUACUGAAUAAAUAUACAAAAAUAUUUAUGUA